GCUAAGAGGGCAGGACUCCAACUUUGGCACAGUUUCCAGCCUUGGCUUAGUUGCUUGGCAACAGCUCUGCGUCUGUGAGUGAGGAUAUACUAUGGCAGCCAGGAGGGUGCUGGUAUAUCGAAAUGGGGACCCCUUCUUCCCAGGCCACCAGCUGGUGGUGACCCAACGCCGCUACCCCACCAUGGAGGCUUUCCUUUAUGAGGUGACAUCAGCUGUGCAAGCCCCACUGGCUGUCCGUGCCCUCUACACCCUUAGUGAUGGCCGCCCUGUCACAGACCUGGCCGACUUACAGAAUGGAGGGCAGUAUGUGGCUGCUGGCUUUGAACGGUUCCACAAGCUCCACUAUUUGCCUCCUGGAAGGAAACACCCCGGUGGGAAGAGCCGACCACAAGAGCCUCCCAGGUCUCACCACCCGUGUGAUGGGGCCUCUGGACAGUGGUUGCCAACAGACACCCCGUGCUAUAUCCAUGUGUUCAGGAAUGGGGACCUACUAAGCCCCCCCUUUAGUCUGAAGCUGUCCCAGACUGCCCCCCAGGACUGGGAAACCGUAUUGAAGCUGCUGACUGAGAAGGCCAGGUUACAGAGUGGGACUGUAUACACACUCUGCACCCUUGAGGGGCUCCCACUGUCCCCAGGGACUGCUCUGGAGAAUGGCCGUUACUACGUGGCUGUUGGAGACGAAGGGUUCAAGGCCCUCCCCUAUAUGGAGCUGCUGGUGCCCAGCCCCUCUCUGUCCAGGGGCUGCUGGUAUCCUCCAGGCCUGAAGUAUAAAUCCCACAGGCAGAGGCAGGGGGCCCAGGGCCACAAGGCCCAGGCAGCCCAGUUCUCUCCAAAGGAACCUGAGGACACGGAGCCAUCCCCUUUCUAUGCCAGAUCCCAGCAACACACUCAGCCACAGAGCAAGCUCUCUACUCUCUCGUUUGCACCAGGAGUUAAGGGAGUGUAUGAGGCUCCCUACCCAAGGAAGGAGACAGCGGGGGCUCAGGAAGUGGAUGAUGAUGAAAACACCGGCAUAGAGGAGCCUGUGGAUCAGGGGGUCUAA